AUGGAGACUCUAAUUAAUCUCGUCAACAAACUACAGAAAGCAUGCACAGCCCUAGGUGACUUCGGUGACGAAUCCUCUCUUCCCACUCUUUGGGAUGCGUUGCCUUCAAUCGCUGUCGUCGGCGGUCAGAGCUCUGGAAAAUCAUCUGUGCUGGAGAGUAUUGUUGGAAAGGAUUUUUUGCCUCGUGGUUCUGGGAUUGUUACACGACGCCCUCUUGUUCUGCAGCUUCAUAGGAUUGAGGAAGGAAGAGAAUAUGCAGAAUUUGCUCACCUACCAAGAAAGAGGUUCACUGAUUUUGACGCUGUCAGGAAGGAGAUUGCUGACGAGACUGACCGAGAGACAGGUCGUAGCAAACAGAUUUCAUCUGUUCCCAUAUAUCUCAGUAUCUAUUCUCCUAAUGUUGUGAACUUGACCCUGAUUGACCUUCCUGGUCUGACAAAAGUAGCUAUUGAGGGUCAGUUGGAUAGCGUCGUGCAAGACAUUGAAAACAUGGUGCGGUCCUAUAUUGAGAAGCCUAACUGCAUUAUUCUGGCAGUUUCUCCUGCCAACCAAGAUCUUGCAACAUCCGAUGCUAUCAAGAUUGCUCGUGAAGUGGAUCCAAAAGGGGAGAGAACUUUUGGAGUUUUGACAAAGAUUGAUCUUAUGGACCAGGGUACUGAUGCGGUUGAAAUUUUGGAAGGAAGAUCAUAUAGGCUGAAAUUUCCUUGGAUUGGUGUUGUUAACCGAUCUCAAGCUGAUAUUAAUAGAAAUGUUGACAUGAUUUCUGCUCGGAGGAGGGAGCGGGAGUACUUUGCUAAUUCUCCCGAGUAUCAACAUCUUGCUAACAGAAUGGGAUCUGAGCAUCUUGGGAAAGUGCUUUCCAGGCAUUUGGAAUCUGUCAUUAAAUCUCGAAUCCCAGGUCUUCAGUCUCUCAUCAGCAAAACAAUCAUCAACCUUGAAACAGAAUUAAGCCGUCUUGGAAAGCCUAUUGCUACUGACGCCGGAGGAAAGUUAUAUAUGAUUAUGGAAAUAUGCCGUGCUUUUGAUCAGACAUUUAAAGAACAUCUUGAUGGCAUACGACCAGGUGGUGACAAAGUAUAUGGUGUGUUUGAUAAUCAACUUCCUGCUGCUUUGAAAAGGUUACAGUUCGACAAGCAACUUUCCAUGGAUAAUGUGAGAAAGCUAAUUACUGAAGCCGAUGGAUAUCAGCCUCAUCUAAUAGCCCCUGAACAAGGAUAUCGCCGUCUUAUUGAAUCAACCUUAAUUACCAUCAAAGGUCCUGCUGAGGCGGUUGUUGAUGUGGUUCAUGGUAUACUGAAGGAUCUGGUUCACAAGUCAAUUAAUGAGACCAUGGAGUUGAAACAAUAUCCCUCCCUUAGGGUGGAGGUUAUGAAUGCAGCUUGUGAAUCAUUAGAUAGAAUGAGGGAUGAAAGCAAGAGAGCUACUUUACAGCUAGUUGAUAUGGAGUGUAGUUACUUGACAGUUGAUUUUUUCCGGAAGCUUCCACAUGACAUCGAGAAGGGUGGAAAUCCAACACACUCGAUUUUCGAUAGAUACAAUGAUGCUUAUCUUCGUCGAGUUGGAUCAACUGUUCUGUCUUAUGUCCAUAUGGUGGUUGGAACUUUAAGACACUCCAUCCCGAAAUCCGUUGUGUAUUGUCAAGUGCGUGAGGCCAAACGUAGCUUACUUGAUCAUUUCUUCACUGAGUUGGGGGCGAAGGAGGGAAGACAAUUGGGUAAAUUGUUGGAUGAAGAUCCAGCGAUAACGGAAAGGCGUCAAAACAUAUCCAAGAGGCUGGAAUUGUAUCGAGCUGCACAGUCCGAGAUAGACGAAGUUAUCUGGGCCAAGUAGGUCAAACUCCUAGGCGUACAAUUCUUUGACCAUCGGCAUAUGCCCAACUCUUCAAAUCGUUUUUGCUUGCAUCUCCCUCCGUGCUCAUCUUAGUUGCACGGUUCACAGUUUUGAUUGCUUAGUAUUCGUAAAUUGAAAUUUUGUCGGCGCAUGCUAGUUUGCUUAUUUGGGUUCAAUCAACACGAUGAU